CCAUCUGUACCCAGUUGUCUUCAGCAUGGAGGAACAGAACCACUCUCCUGGAAAGGAGCUUCAGCAUAGGACACGAGCGGAGUCUCCAGGAAAGAAGAGCUGGCACUCCCAGGCCUAUGCCCUUGGGGCCGUUUCCAACUUUAUGUCUACUUUUCUGACUUUCCCUAUCUAUAAGGUUGUGUUCCGGCAACAGAUCCAUGCCGUGGCGGUGUCAGAGGCUGUGCGACAGCUUUGGCAUGAAGGCCCUCAAUACUUCUACCGGGGAAUAUACCCGCCUCUUCUCUCCAAGACAUUGCAAGGGACUCUGUUGUUUGGGACUUAUGAUAGCCUGCUGUGUUCUCUCUCUCCUGUUGGGCCACACUCCCUGAGACACCGCUGGGCUGCAGGGCUCAUGUCUGGUGUGGUGGAGGCUGUGGCACUGAGCCCCUUUGAAAGGGUGCAAAAUGUACUCCAGGAUGGUCGCAAGCAAGCCCGCUUCCCCAGCACCGUCAGCAUUCUCAAGGAAUUCAACUCUUAUGGGCUUUGGGGGCGGCUGUCACUGGGCUACUAUCGUGGUUUCUGGCCUGUCCUUCUCAGGAACAGCUUGGGGAGUGCUCUGUAUUUUUCCUUCAAGGACCCCAUCCAGGAUGGCUUGGCAGAGCAAGGUCUGCCCCAUUGGGUUCCUGCCUUAGUGUCUGGCAGUGUCAAUGGAACGAUCACCUGCCUAGUUCUGUAUCCUCUGAUUGUGCUGGUGGCCAAUAUGCAGUCCCAUGUUGGCUGGCAGAGCAUGCCAAGCCUGUGGGCCUCUGCUCAGGACUUGUGGGACACUCGGGGCCGAAAGGUGUUCCUGAUCUACCGGGGAGGCUCCCUUGUCAUCCUAAGGUCCAGCGUGACAUGGGGCCUCACUACGGCUAUCCAUGACUUCCUGCAGAGGAGGUCUCAUUCCAGGAAAGAGCUGAAAGACUGACUAGCUGCAGGAAGUGUGGCUAUGGCAACUUUGUUAUCCUAAGCCUUCCCAGGUCGGUCUAAAUAGCUUAUUACUUCUUUGGCUUGGUUACCUGAUACAACCAUUCUUUAGUGUCUUUGAACUGCCAAUGCAUGGGAGAAGUUCCCAGCUACCAGCCUGUUGGGCACAGACAAAGCCCAACAGAGUUCCUUGGUCAGAAAGAGAAAGUCACUCUGGUCUGUCCACAGUUUCAACAGCCGCGGACCAAGGAGGCCCUUAAAAAACUUGUAACCCUGAUGAAAUGUCAUUCCUUUAAGGAGUUCCUUGACAGUAAGAGGAACUGUUGAAAGAUGACCUUAGUUAGCCACUGUGAGUUCUGGGAUCCCUCCAGUUGUCCUUUGGACCAAACUUAGUGGAGGACCAGGGACUCCAGUGUCAAAGAACUAAGCUUGACACUUAGGAUGUGGAUUCCAUAGAACUUCUCAGAUGGCUACAUUUCCACGAUAUUGUUCACUAUUUCUACCACCACCACUCUCACUUCUCAGGGCUGUGGGCUCUAGUUUCAGUCAGGCUGGCAGCUGGGACUAGAAACCCUAAAUUAUACUUGCCUCAACUGAUCAGAUGUCACAGGAACUGAUGGGACUGGAUAUAGGAGUGGGAAGAAGUGUUGUCAUGGGGCGCCUGGGUGGCUCAGUCAUUAAGUGUCUGCCUUUGGCUCAGGUCAUGAUCCCAGGGUCCUGGGAUCGAGCCCCGUAUCGGGCUCCCUGCUUGGUGGGAAGUCUGCUUCUCCCUCUCCCACUCCCCCUGCUUGUGUUCCUGCUCUCACUGUGUCUCGUUCUCUCUCUGUCAAAUAAAUAAAUCAAAUCUUUAAAAAAAAAAAAAAAGAAGUGUUGUCACUGGUUGGGUGGAAAGAAUAGACUUUGAGGGAAGAGAUUUAGUUGCAUGAGAAAAAUUUACUCUAGAUGGCUUGGUGUUAUCUGCCAGGAUAUUUCUGAUAGCAAGGCAAUAACAUUGCCUAGAAACCACUUGAGUUUCCCUAGGAAAUCUGGAAGCGAAAUGACCAUAUCUCUUCACAAAUGAUUGCAUAUUUUAUUGCUGUGGAUAAAUAUAGUGACUGUGACAAAAAGAUCAGAAAUCUUAGCCUGUCCUUCAGAGCCAUUCGACAUAUGGCCCCCAUAUAACUUACAGCAUUUUAUCACACCACUGCCACUUACAUAGAUCCCAUACAACCAGCUAAACUGGACUAUUGUUCUCUCCCCAAACAUGCCAUGAACUUUCCCGUGGCCUUGCUUUGGCCCACACUAUUUCUCCACUUGGAGUGCCCCUUCCUCACAUGCCAGUCUGCCAAAAUCCUUCCAGUUCCUCAAAGCCUAGCUCAGAUGCCACCUUCUCUAUGGAGACUCUUGAUAUCCCACAACUGAAUGUGACCUUAGUCUCUAAUGACACCCCUUUCCAAGAACACUGCAUACAUGGCACUGAUUCCAUUAUGUCACUGAGUUCAUGUGACCCUGUGUUCUUGUUGGUGUUCUUCAAUACCUCCUACUAGACUGUAAAACUCCUUGAAAGCAGGGGUUCUUGUAUGCAUUUUAAAAUCUCCCAUUGUGCCUAGGUGCUCAAUAAUGUUGGCUGAAUUAUUGAAUUGAUUAUCAAGCUGUGAUAUGAUCUUUAUCCUCAGGGUGCUGUCCCUUGUACAUGAAAAUAAUGUUAUUGACUCGCUGUCAGCAAGACACAUGCCUCUGGGGUGUGGUUUUGUUUUCUUUUAUUAGUGGAUUUAGUUUUAUGCUAAUGAUAAUGAUGCUGCUGUAAUUAAUAAUAAUAAUAAAUGACU